AAAUCAAACAAAACGCAAUCCAAAACGACCAGUUUUGAACAGCACGUACCUGGCUGAGAUCGAUGGCCGGAUCAUCAGGAGAGGAGGAGCUCAAGCUGCUGGGCACAUGGCCGAGCCCAUUCGUGGCGAGGGUGGAGCUCGCCCUCGUCCUCAAGGGGCUGACCUACGAGUACGUGAAGGAGGACCUCGCCAGCAAGAGCGGCCUCCUGCUCGCCUCCAACCCGGUGCACCAGAUGGUCCCCGUUCUUAUCCACAAUGGCAACGCUGUAUGUGAGUCCCGGGUCAUCUUGGAGUACAUCGACGAGGCCUUCCCCGACGCCGGCGACGCCCUCCUCCCCGCCGACCCUUACCGGUGCGCCGUCGCUCGCUUCUGGGCCGCCUACAUCGACGAUAAGUUCGUAGCGUCAUGGAUGCCGGCGCUGAGGGGGAAGACGGAGGAGGAGAGGGCAGAGGGGAUGAAGCAAAUCCUCACGGCGGCGGAGGCACUGGAGGGAGCCCUGGGGGGGAAUCCCUUCUUCGGCGGCCGCGCCGCCGGGCUCGUCGACGUCGUCCUAGGCGGCCUCAUCCCGCUGGUGAGGGCGACCGAGGUGCUCACGGGCGCCGCCAUCUUCGACGCCGCCAGAACCCCGCUCCUGGCCGCGUGGGCGGAUCGUUUCGGUCAGCUCGACGCCGCCGGCGAGGUGCUGCCGGACGUCGACGGGAUGGUCGAGUACAUGAAGAUGAGGGAGGCUGCCGCAGAUGCUGCGGCGAAGGCAGCAGCUAAUUAACUCGAACAACUCAUGUUGGCGAUCGAUGUGGUAAAUACGUACCAUGCAUAUUUAGUGUUGUGUUUUUGGACAAAAUAAUGUGCUUGUUCCUGAAAAAUAGGAGCAAUUGUGUGGUGGAUUUGGGCUGUUAGUCAGAAUAAUGCAAUUAAUAUAUUUGUGUUAGUUUCUUCAUGCGCUUACUUUGGACCUCUUUUGACUACAGCUCCUUUACGGUACACCGUACUAACCUAUAUAUAUACU